AUGCAUACUAUUAGGUACUUUGAUGGAAAAACGUACAAGUGGGUUGGGAUAAGCCGUCAGCCUAAUAUUAUUGGAAAAGUCAAAAGAACAUUAGAACAAUUUACACCAGCUCAGUGGGACAAAGAUGAGUGGCAUCCCCUGCUUGGUCCAUGGUGUUUCAUUCAAGUUGAUAUUGUGGUGGCUAAUAGCAAUUCCUACAAUCCGCGAGUACAACUCAUAUCUUCAAGACAGAGCUUCUCAUUUGCAUCAAGUUUGGACUUGGAAAGAGGAAUCAACAUGCUUUUUGUGCUGGGUGGGAACAGAACUCAUGCUGGGGCAAAUGUAAUUCACAAAGAGUGCUGUAGAAGAGGGGUAAAGGUGGCUGUUGUUGGCGUCCCCAAAACUAUAGACAAUGAUAUUUUGCUGAUGGACAAAACUUUUGGGUUUGACACUGUUGUUGAGGAAGCACAACGAGCCAUUAAUUCAGCUUACAUCGAGGCACAUAGUGCAUACCAUGGUAUAGGAAUUGCAAAGUUGAUGGGUCGUAGCAGUGGAUUUAUUACUAUGCAUGCAUCCCUGGCUAGUGGACAAAUCGAUAUAUGCUUGAUACCAGAGGUACCUUUCCAUUUACAUGGUCCUCAUGGUGUUUUGCGGCAUCUGAAAUACCUCAUUGAGACAAAAGGAUCAGCAAUGGUCUGUGUUGCUGAGGGAGCAGGGCAGAAACUGUGAAGCUAUAUGAAACAGUUGGAAUGGGAAAUGGAGAGAACGAGCCAAAGCAAGAGUGAGAGUUGGAGGAUGUUAUAGUAGACAAUACUCUCCAAGUUUCUUGUUAUAGUAACUUUUCAAUAUGUUGAAUAUUUAAGAAUACUUAAAUACUUAAAGAACAUU